UGCCCUUCCUCCUAACCCCAAUCUCUUUGAUACAAUCAAUCAUCUUCUUCCCAAAACGCGAAACCCUAAUUUCUCUGCAAGUUCCCAAUCAGUGAAGAGGAGAUCGCCGAUGUCUUCCGUUUCAAGCCAGCAACAGUUCCGGUACACGCAGACUCCUUCGAAGGUUCUUCAUCUGAGGAACUUGCCUUGGGAAUGCACUGAAGAAGAGCUGAUCGAGCUCGGGAAGCCCUUUGGCACCGUUGUGAAUACGAAGUGCAACGUUGGAGCUAAUAAAAAUCAAGCUUUCAUUGAGUUUGAAGAUUUGAACCAAGCGAUACAGAUGAUUUCGUUCUACGCGUCUUCGUCGGAGCCUGCUCAGGUUCGAGGGAAAACUGUCUACCUACAGUACUCCAACAGGCAGGAGAUUGUGAACAACAAAACGGCGGCGGAUGUUGUGGGGAAUGUGCUUCUUGUGACAGUCGAAGGGGAGGAUGCUCGCAUGGUCAGCAUUGAUGUCUUGCAUCUGGUAUUCUCAGCCUUUGGGUUUGUCCACAAGAUUACUACUUUCGAGAAGACAGCUGGAUAUCAGGCACUUGUUCAAUUUUCUGACGCAGAAACUGCAACCUCUGCAAGAACUUCCCUCGAUGGCAGAAGCAUUCCUAGUUAUCUACUCCCAGAGGAAGUCAGCCAAUGCUCUCUUAAAAUCACGUACUCAGCUCAUACAGAUUUGACUGUCAAAUUCCAGAGUCAUCGGAGCAGGGACUAUACUAACCCUUAUCUUCCUGUGGCUCCAUCAGCCAUUGAUAGUACUGGUCAGGUGAUUGUUGGUGUAGACGGCAGGAAGAUGGAGCCUGAAAGUAAUGUUCUUCUUGCAUCCAUCGAGAACAUGCAGUAUGCUGUAACCUUGGAUGUUUUACACACGGUUUUUGCGGCAUUUGGAGCUGUUCAAAAGAUUGCAAUGUUUGACAAGAAUGGUGGGGUACAGGCAUUGAUUCAAUACCCAGAUGUGCAAACGGCUGUGGUGGCGAAGGGAGCAUUGGAAGGACACUGUAUUUAUGAGGGUGGGUUUUGUAAGCUACACAUCACUUACUCGCGCCACACUGACCUCAGCAUAAAGGUGAACAAUGAUAGAAGCAGAGACUACACAAUGCCUGACGCGGCUGUUGCGAUGGCUCCACAGCCCAGCCAUAAUCCAUACCCGGGUAAUUCACAGCAAUACCAUGCAGCAGGUGCGAGCCAUUACCAGCAGCAGCCACAAGGGGGAUGGGGUCAAUCAGGAGGGCAAGGCCACGAUCCCUACAUGGCAGCACCGUCGAUGCAUCAAGGUCCGGGUGGUCAUAUGCCGCCACACCAUUAUGGUGGUGGUCCUUCUGGUCCAAUGCAUUAGAAAGAAGAAAACGUUUUAAAAGUCGAAGACUGAAGUUGUUUUAAUCCCUCUCUCUUACACAUUCCUCUGUUUUCUUUUUGUUUUGUUGUUGUUGAGUUUAUGGAACACACAUUACUCAGUGUCCGAAUGAUCAUUAUCAUAUUAACCAUUUGGUUUUAUCCA